AUGGCGACUAUGGCUGAAUUUAUACAACAGUCUGAGAUAAAUGAUGGAAUACGUUUCUCUUGGAAUGCAUGGCCUAUUUCUCGACUAGAAUCUGCCCAGUCUGUAGUACCUAUCGGAUGUUUAUACACAUUACUCAAAGAACGUUAUGAUUUUCCACCGAUUAAUUAUGAACCAGUAUUCUGUACUCGAUGUCGUGGGAUUCUUAAUCCAUACUGUCCGUUUGAUAUCAGGAGUCGGACAUGGACGUGUUGCCUAUGCACAAUGCGUAAUAACUUCCCACCUCAGUAUGCUGGAAUGACUGAACAAAAGUUACCUGCGGAAUUGAUGGCUCAGUUUACCACACUAGAAUAUACCAUCCCGAAAGUUCAACCAGUCCCGCCAAUAUUUGUUUUUGUCGUGGACACGUGUAUUGAAGAACCUGAAUUCACUCAAUUGAAGGAAUCUAUCCAGCUAUCAUUGAGUUUUCUACCGCCUCAAGCAUUAGUCGGUUUGAUCACUUUUGGGAAAAUGGUACAUGUUCAUGAAUUAGAAGCAGGACCAAUAGCUAAAUCAUGGGUAUUUAAAGGAACAAAAGAUUACACAGGAAAUCAAAUUCAAGUAAUGCUUGGCGUUGGUCGUAGUUCUUUUGGUAAUGUUGGUCAACCGGCUACAUUCAAUGCUCGUCCUAGUCCAGGUGUUAAAGGUGUCUACGGUGCUGAACAACAAUUUCAACAACAGCAACCACCUCAAGCACAACCACAGAUGGCUCAGUUACCAUACAAUAGAUUUAUUCAACCCAUGGAAAGAUGUGAUGCUGUAUUAACUGAUCUACUGACCGAACUACAACCUGAUCCAUGGCCUGUACCACAAGGUAAACGUCCACUUCGUUCAGUCGGUACUGCAUUAAGUAUUGUCAUUGGUCUACUAGAAGCCACCUAUCCAAAUACAGGAGCUAGAGUUAUGCUAUUUCUUGGUGGUCCAUGUACUCAAGGUCCGGGUAUGGUUGUAGAUGAUGAUUUGAAGAAUAUUAUACGCUCUCAUCAUGAUAUGGAAAAAGAUAAUUGUAAAUAUAUGCGAAGAGCUAUGAAACAUUAUGAAGGCUUGGCUAAUCGUGCUGCACAGAAUUUUCAUGUUGUCGAUAUAUUCAGUUGUUCGCUAGAUCAGACUGGUUUGCAUGAAUUACGGUAUUUAACGAAUUACACCGGUGGUCAUAUGAUUAUGGGAGAUAGUUUUGCAUCAAGCCUAUUUCAACAAACCUAUCGACGUGUAUUUAACAAAGAUGCAACAGGUUCCUUUUUAAUGGGAUUAGCUGGUCAAAUGGAAGUGAAGACAUCUAAAGAACUCAAAGUCUCCGGUUGUAUUGGACCAUGUUUCUCGGCUAAUGUUAAAACAUCGAAUACAGGUGAACAAGAAAUUGGUAUAGGGCGUACUUCUGUAUGGCGAUUGAAUGGUUUCACACCAUCCACUACAUUAGCUAUCUAUUUUGAAGUGGCCACCUCUUCCAGUGGAAGUGGUGCACAAAUUCCACCCGGUGGUAGAGGUUAUGUUCAAUUUGUUACACAAUAUCAACGAGCUAAUGGUCAACGAAAAUUACGUGUCACAACAGCUUGUCGUAAUUGGAUUGAUUCAUCAACACAAUUGCCUCAUAUGAUAUGUGGUUUUGAUCAGGAAGCUGCUACAGUGUUGACUGCUCGUAUGGCUAUGUUCAGAGCAGAGACAGCUGAUAGUGUUGAUGUAUUACGGUGGUUGGAUAGACAAUUGAUUAAAUUAUGUCAUAAAUUUGGUGAUUAUCGUAAAGAUGAUCCAUCAUCAUUUCGAUUACCGGAUGAAUUUUCCUUUUAUCCACAAUUUAUGUUUCAUAUGCGACGUUCACAAUUUCUACAAGUGUUUAAUAAUAGUCCAGAUGAAACAGCUUAUUAUCGUCAUGUUCUAAAUAAAGAAGAUUGUUCAAAUUCCCUACUGAUGAUACAACCAUCGUUGACAUCAUUCAAUUUGGAUGGCAGUGAAGAACCGGUUCUACUGGAUUCAAGUAGUUUACAACCUGAACGUGUACUACUGAUGGACAGCUUUUUCUUAAUCUUGAUUUACGAAGGUGAUACUAUUGCUAAAUGGAAGAAAGCUGGCUAUCUGGAUAUGCCUGAAUAUGCGCAUAUUAAACAGAUUCUGGAUAAACCAAGAUUAGAAGCUCAAGAAUUAUUGAAAGUACGCUUUCCAGUUUCACGAUAUGUUGAAACCGAGUUCGAUGGUAGUCAGGCAAGAUUUUUACUAUCCAAAGUCAAUCCAUCACUUACACAUCAUACAAUGUAUUCAUUUGGACAGGAUUCGGGUAGUGCAGUACUCACAGAUGAUGUAUCACUUCAAGGCUUUAUGGAACAUUUGAAAAAAUUGGCAGUCUCUAGUUCUGCAUAAUUUCUACGCACAGAUGAGUGUUUACUUCUUUGAAUCUUAUGGACAACGCGACAAUAUUACUACUACUAAUAAUAGUAAUAGUAGUACUAAUAUUAAUUUAAUGCUCAUGGAAUACCAAUCAAUAUGUUUUGUUGACUUCCUUAUAUACUUACAUACUUCAUUUCUGACAUAUAUAUACAUAAAAAAGUGAUCACACAUAUGCCGCCAUAGCAUGUAUUUGAAUCUUUUUGUUUGCUUUGUUACUUUUUUGUCUGUUUUAAUUUUUUUUUUUGAUUUUAUUUACUCUCUUACCUCCUCACUUACUCGCUCGCUAUCCCCGUCCCCAAUUUUCCCCACUCCUACGACAUGUCCCUCCACAGCCCUCCGCCGUCCAUAUAACACGUAAAGGUGCUAAGGUACUUGUUUUAUGAAGAAGUGAUUUUGGUUGUUACUCUUUUUCUUUUGUUUUGCGUUCUACUGACAUUCUUAUUUCAGUAGUACGUAUUUUGUAUGUAGAUAUAUGCAUUGGUUAGUGUGUGUGUGUGUGUUUGUUUUACUGUAAAUGCGUUUCCAAUCGGGUUUUUAUGUUUUAUUUUACGUGUAAAUGACAUUUAUUUAGUUAUUUAUUAAAUUGCGUCGUCUUACACAAUUACCAAAAUGCAUACAGCCAUGAGCCUGCUGCACGCGUUUGUGCAUACAACAAAAGAAAAUAGGCCAAACCAUUUCCCACUUAUUAUUACGUAACUAAGUCGGUUGUUUUUUUCUGGUUUUCGUUUGUGUGCACAUCUGUCUGCCGGGUUGGAGAUGAAG